AUGAGGCAGCAGCAGAUGAAGAAUCUUCUGGACGACAACACCCAACAGCGAAAACAAUCAUCAUCCUCUUCCUCCUCCUCCUCACCAUCAUCAUCAUCUUCUUCAUCCUCAUCGUCGUCAUCAUGUUGGCACAUAUACGGGUGGUACAGUGAAGGGGAGGGAAGUCUUCUGGAGGGGGCCCGACCCAUCUGCCCCCAACACGACGACUUGAGGGUCGCACUCAUCCACAACUCCACUUCCCACGUCCUCAAGGUCUGGUUCAAAAAGUACAGACAGGCUUGGAGACAGAGGAGCGGUCGUCAUGAUGAUGAUGCCGACGAUGGUGGUGGUGAUGGUGGAGAUGAUGAUGCAAGCAAUUAUGCUGGCGGUGAUAGUAAUGAUGGAAAUGGUGGUCGUGGUGGUGAAGAAGAAGAAGGGAAAGAAUUUGAUGGCGGGAGAAAAAGUCCCAAUCUGAAAAAUAAAAAUAAUAAUAACGUUCAUAGAAAUAAUAAAAAUAACAACAACAACAACAAUAAUAAUAAUAAUAAUAAAAACGAGUUUGUGCCACGAUUCCUCCUUAAAUACACAAGAAGGCGAAAAGAGUACCUACGCGAAAAAAUUUCAGCUUGCUUGCGAAUCCAACAAUAA